CAUUUAAGUCCUUUAAAAUUUUGUCCUCCUUUCUCUCACUAUAUAUAGGCCUCUUCUCCUUCCAGCUGAUCCAUAUGCUAUACACACUAUAUAACCACACACUUUGGAAAUGGGUCAAGAGUUUAUUCUUUUCACAAUGAGGAGAUGCCUCUCCUCUUUGCUUCUCUUGUUCAUCUUGCCUUUCCUCCUCCUACUGUUGUCUACUACUGCCAUGACUGAUGAACAAGCUCGUGAUCAGAUCUCGGCCCUUCCCGGACAGCCACCAGUCGCCUUCUUGCAGUUUUCCGGCUAUGUUACAGUGAACAAAGAGCACGGCAGGGCUCUCUUCUACUGGCUUACGGAGGCUGCUAGCUACUCGGCCAAGAAGCCCCUGGUUCUUUGGCUCAAUGGAGGACCGGGAUGUUCGUCGGUGGCCUACGGCGCAUCCGAAGAAAUUGGACCAUUCCGGAUCAACAAAACCGGUUCAUCUCUCUACCUCAAUAAGUUCUCAUGGAACAGAGAAGCAAACUUACUGUUCUUGGAAUCGCCGGCUGGAGUUGGUUUCUCCUACACCGACACCGUGUCCGACCUUAAGAACUCUGGUGAUGAACGCACAGCUCAAGAUGCCUUGAUGUUCUUGAUCCAUUGGAUGUCAAGAUUUCCACAAUACAAGAAUCGAGAUUUUUACAUUUCCGGAGAAAGCUAUGCAGGACACUAUGUGCCUCAACUGGCUAAAAAGAUUGUUGAAUACAACAAAGCUUCUUUGAAACCUUUUAUCAACCUCAAAGGAAUUCUUGUAGGCAAUGCAGUCACAGACAAUUACUUUGACAGCAUUGGCACGAUCUCAUACUGGUGGACUCACUCCAUGAUCUCAGACCAAACGUAUCGAUCGAUACUCUCAUCCUGCAACUUCAGCUCUCCCAAAGCAUCCCACGAGUGUGACCAUGUCGUUAGCUACGCAAUGAACCACGAGUUCGGCGAUAUAGAUCAGUAUAGCAUUUACACCCCUUCUUGUGUUGCUUCAUCACCCAAGAACACAACAAGGCAACACAAAAUAAGGUUUAAGAACACUCUCAUCCAUGGCCGCUCCUCCUUCGGCUAUGACCCUUGCACCGAGAAUUACUCAGAGAAAUACUACAAUCGACAAGAUGUUCAGAAGGCAAUGCACGCCAACACCACGGGCAUUCCCUACAAAUGGACUGCGUGCAGUGAUAUCUUGAUCAAGACAUGGGCCGACACUCAGAUUUCCAUGCUCCCAACCUACAAAGAGCUGAUAGCAGCCGGACUAAGGAUAUGGAUGUUCAGGUACACACUCACACUUGCUCAAAGAAAACAAUGUGUAACCAUAUCCAUUGUGCAUUGCAGCGGUGACAUCGAUUCGGUAGUUCCCGUGACCGCGACGAGGUUUGCCAUCAGCCAUUUGAGACUGAAGAUCAAGAUCCCUUGGUAUCCAUGGUACUUGGGAAGGCAGAAUUUCAGGUUGGAGGGUGGACUGAGGUGUAUGAAGGGAUGACAUUUGCUUCAGUGAGAGGUGCAGGCCAUGAGGUCCCACUUCUCCAGCCAAAGAGAGCAUUCCAACUCUUUGCUUCAUUCUUGGCAGGGAAACCACUGCCCACCUCCUAAUUGAUCAAUAAUUAAAAUUAAUUAAUUGUAGUAGCAAACGAUUUAAAUUGUUUGCUAAUAUCGCUAUCAUUCACCAAAUAUUAUAAGUUUUACAGAUGAAAAGGAAGAUAAAUUGUGGAUUAGUGGAAACAUUUGAUCUCUAUGAGAUUUGGUUAAAUUCUAGUUCGAAUUAUGUAAGAAAAUAGAGAGAAAACUUUAAUAUAAAA